GUGAUUAUGGACGACACGGUUGAAGGUGUGCCUGUGCUUAUGCUGGCCAACAAGCAGGAUAUGCCCACGGCCCUCAAACUGGAACAGAUCAAGGAGAUUUUCAACCAGAUCGCAGAACGCCUGGGCGCACGCGAUUCCAGAGUUCUGCCCAUUUCUGCAUUGGAGGGGUAA